AUGAGUUUUAUAAAAGAGCAAGAAAAUAGUACUGUUGCUGAUACUAAAGAUCGCACGUGCGACUUCUGCGGAGAAACCAAGGCCCUUUUGUACUGCAGAGCUGAUUCCGCUAAGCUCUGUUUGAGUUGCGACAGGGAAGUGCACUCGACAAACCCGUUGUUCAAGAAACACACACGUUGUCUCCUUUGCGACAAAUGCGAUUCUUCGCCUGUUUCUAUAUACUGUUGUACUGAAUCCUUGGUGCUCUGUCAGAACUGUGACUGGGAGAAGCAUGAUAAUUUGAGGUUAAUCCAUGAUCGUCGUCCAAUUGAGGGGUUUAUUGGGUGCCCAUCAGUGAGUGAGUUGAUGAGUAUAUUGGGGUUUGAAGAUUUGGGGAAGAAAAAUUUGUUGGGUGAUGGGAAUGAAGGUGGAAAUGAACGGUUGUUUUCAGAUUUUUUUAUUUGGGAGACUCCUUCGAUUGUGAGUCUUGAUGAUUUGAUUGUUUCGAGUGACAAUUGUGUUGAUGCUGGGCAUAGUUUUCAGGCUUUUGGUGUUCCUCCUUUACCUAAGAACCGAAAUGCUGCAUGUGGAGAACACAGGCAAGAAAUAGUUUGCCAACUUCGUGAAAUGGCAAAAACAGAACCUAACUUCGACGAUUUCGUGGAAGAUAUUAAACCCCAUUUUGAGCUGGAACCACAAGUACCUGGUGGAAACUUCCAGUUAAAGGAUAGCAGUCGAAACCUUGAACAUGAUAUAGAUCCAGCAACAGGUCCUUUUCACGAGUUUCUACUGUGCGGUGAUAGUGGUGAGGUUGCAGAUCAAGACUUUUCUUCUACCUUAUUAGGUAGCUACAUCGACACGAACCAUUUAGUACCUGAUAAAGAUUUAGAUGUUGGUGACAGUCCGUUUCAAUCAAAUGGAUGCCAAGAAGGACAAUCACGUGUUCCUGUUAAUUCUAAACCCUUGGAAGCAAUUCCUAAAGUGGCAGCACGUGAACUGAACAGCCAGGAAAGAGAUUUUGCUAUCUCACGGUACAAAGAAAAAAGGAAAACUAGGAGGUUUGAUAAGCACAUCAGAUAUGAGUCGAGGAAAGUACGCGCAGAGAGUCGAACAAGAAUCAAGGGGCGUUUUGCUAAGAUUGAACGCUGA